CGGUCAAAAACCCUAGCUCCCUCAAUUUCUCCUCUCAAAACCCUAGCCAUGUCGAGCGCUCUCGACAUGUCGCUCGACGACAUCAUCAAAAACAGCAAGAAGUCCUCAUCCUCCGGCGGCCGCGGCCGAGGUCUCGGCCGCUCCGGCCCCGGCCCCGCUCGCCGUUCCCAAAAUCGCGCUGCGAAUCGUCCCAAUCCUUAUUCGAUGCCCAAGGCGGCGGACUAUGGUGUCUAUACGGAUCAGAUUGCGGCCUUUUCGGUUCCGGCAGCGUCCAGGGUUUCUUCGAUCGAGACGGGGACGAAGCUUUACAUCUCUAAUUUGGAUUAUGGCGUAUCGAACGAUGACAUCAAGGAACUGUUUUCAGAGGUUGGUGAUAUCAAAAGAUACUCGAUCCAUUAUGAUAGGAGUGGAAGAUCAAAGGGGACUGCUGAAGUUGUCUUCUCGAGGAAGGAUCAUGCUCUUGCAGCUGUUAAGAGAUACAACAAUGUGCAGCUUGAUGGAAAACCAAUGAAGAUAGCAAUAGUCGGCACAAAUAUUGAGAAACCUGUAGCUUUUCCUCCUGUUGCACAUGUGAAUUUUGGAAAUCCUUCUGGCAUUCCCCAAAGACUACGUGGGAGAGGUGUCCCUGCUGGCAGACCCCAUGGUGGUGGUGGUCGUGGACAGAGUAGAGGAGGUCGAGGACGAGGUAGAGGCCGUGAUGAGAAGGUGUCUGUCGAAGAUCUUGAUGCUGACCUGGACAAGUACCAUCGAGAAGCAAUGCAAGUCAACUAAAAAGAGGGGAAUAGCCGUGUGUUUAAGACUUGGUUUGAUUGCUUGAUGCCACUUUAUAUGUGCAUUUUGCUAGUAGAUCUACUGUAGACUGCGUAAAUUGCUCUUAUAGUGUUCUUUUGCUGCUAUAUGAGCUUUGGGUAUAUGAUAUUUUGUUAUUGUGAUCGUGUGUUACAUGGAAACGUAUGGAGAGCUGAUUACUGCUUAGCAUCGUGAGAUCUACUGUUGUAGCCUGCGUAUAUUAUUUUGGCUUUAGAGCCCUUUUGGUGGUAUAUGGGUUUUGGGUUUUGCCCUA